AUGGCUGGCACAAGCACAGAUCUGUUCUUUUUUCCAAUUGACACAUUGAAAACGAGGUUACAGGCUAAAGGUGGAUUCUUCGCUAAUGGAGGUUGGCACGGAAUGUACCGUGGUCUAGGAAGUGCCGUUGUUGCGUCAGCUCCAGGAGCCAGCUUAUUCUUUCUUUCAUAUGAAUCAUCUAAGAAGUAUUUGACUCCUAUUAUGACCUCGAAAAUUGAAAAUGAGACGUUGGCGCAUGGCUUAGUUCAUAUGUUGGCCGCCUCAGUAGGAGAAGUUGCGGCUUGUUCAGUUAGAGUACCAGCAGAAGUUGUAAAGCAAAGAGUGCAAACUUCUCAAGAAGCUACAUCUUUACAAGCAUUGAAAUCGAUUUUGACGAACAAGUAUGGAGAGGGUAUUUGGAGAGGUUUAUAUCGUGGAUGGGGUACAACUAUCAUGAGAGAGAUUCCAUUCACCAUGCUACAAUUCCCAUUAUAUGAGUAUUUAAAGCAUCAAAGAGCAUUGUCAUUAGGUGUUGAUAAAAUUUCACCAGGUGAAGGUGCUGUAUGUGGUUCGAUAGCCGGUGGGUUUGCGGCAGCUCUUACAACACCGUUAGAUGUGAUUAAGACUCGACUCAUGCUACGAAAAUCCCGUGCCUCGGCACUACAAGUUGCUAAACAGCUUUUGAAAGAUGAGGGGUAUUCUGCUUUUUUCAAAGGUAUUGGUCCAAGGACCAUGUGGAUUAGCGCUGGUGGAGCCAUAUUCCUUGGCGUUUAUGAAGCAGCAAAGGACACCACCUCCUGGCUUUUAGCAUCCCAGGCUAGUAAUGCUGAGCCAUUGUAA